UUUUUGCGCGUCAGCUCUCUCUCUCUCUCUCUCUCUCUUCUCUCUCUCUCUCUCUCUCUCGCCUCUCCUUGCCCCGGAAAAGAAGAAACUUUCUAAAUUUUCUAUACGAAAAUAUGUUCUAAAUUUUCACAAUUUUUGCCUCCGUCUAUCAUCAACAAGUUUCCUCUCUCUUUCUUUAACAUUUUCUUGUUUCAUCCUUAAAGAAUACCAUCAUAGCUCUGCUGAGUAUAGUUUCAUUAUUGUACGAUUUUACCUUUGCCUUCCAAUCUUAAUUCCGGGUUUUCAAGAUUGACAGGAAUUGUUUUUUGAUUAAUAUGCCAAUACUUUGAAAGAUGAAGAAGGAUAUCUGCAUUUGGUGUAGCAUUUCGUUCUUCCACAGAGAGAAGAUAUUGUGUUUAUGUUUAGUUGCAUUAUAUGUAAUAAUUUGAAGAGCAUUAUCAGAUUUGAUUAGAUAAUGAGAAGGGUAUUGCGCGAAUGGGGUGGCGAUUUGAGAGGCAAUGGAAUUGAGAAAAGCUGGCAAUGCAUUUGUGUUGGUGAUGAUUCUGUUUUGCGCGUUUGCAAUUGGGAGUACACCAGGCAUGAGGAGAGAGGAAAUGUUUUUUGGCAAUGGCUGUUCUGAAAUAACAGAAGAAAUUGCAGAACUGGCUUGCAUCCAUUGUAGGAAAGCAUUGAUCAACAGAAAUGAUUGUUUUGAAGGUUUGGAUUACUAUUUACCUCAGGAAGCAACUACAAAUUCAAAAUCAACAUACGUAUGCAAAGCUAUCUGUGUUCUGCCAUCCUAUCUGAAACAAGAACUUUUGAAUUGCUUGAGGACAAAAAAUAUAAUCUCUGGCCUUUCAGCCCAAGGGGAUAUCCCCCCACAUUGGUUCGAGUGUUUUGAGUUGCUUUUUUGUUGGCCAAGUGUUCGCGGAAGAUUUCUGGCUGGUGAUUCUCAUGGGCAGAUAGCACCAAGCCCUGCUCCAUAUCUGGUUUCAGACCAUUCAGCAACAUUCCCAGGUUACAGUCGAGCUCCUUCUAAUUCAGCACCUAGCAGUUCUUCAUCCUCCAAUCAACUGCCUCAUCCAUUCUUUCAAAAGAAGUUACAGCAUAAGCGAGAUAUGAAAAAUUCACAUCCCCAAUCUCCACCGCAUGCAACUCGUAUACAUUCUCCACCACGAUCACAUGCUCGUACACAUCGAACAGGACAUGGUUAUGAUAACACUGAGAAUGAAAUUUUUGUAGCUGUUGUAGCAACUGCAGCAACAACGUUUUGUUUUGUUGCUGCACUCUUCUGUUGCUGGUUAUGUUGUAGGGGCAGAAAUAACAAAAUUGGACCUAGAAAUGGACAAAGAGAUGACAGGCCUCUCCUCCACUUAAAUGAUAUCUCUGCUAGUUCUUCGCAGAAUUCCUCUGGUUUCAGAAAUUCAAAUUUUAAGGAGUACGGCUCAAAUAGCAGGAUGACAGCUUCUUUUAAGAGCAAUUUGUCUAUGAAGGAUGGAAAUUAUGGUCCCUCACUAGUUGAGACACCGUUAUCAAAAUUCAGUGCUGGCGAAGCAUUUCCUCCUCUAAAACCUCCUCCUGGGAGACAGGCUCCACAAUCUUCUGCACCUCCUGGACCACCACCACCUGGAGCACCACCACCACCUGGAGUACCACCACCUCCUGGAGCACCACCACCUCCUCCUCCUGGUCCUCAUCCCCCACCACCUCCUCCUAAAGUUGCUCGUGCUCCACCUGUUCCUCCACCAAAGGCCAACUUAAAGCCUUCAGCCCUUGGACCACAUCGUAGGGGAAACAGUGAUUCCAGUGAGAGAGAUGAUGAUUAUAGUUCAUCUGGAUCUUCAAAGACCAAGUUAAAGCCAUUCUUCUGGGAUAAGGUUAUGGCCAGCCCUGAUCAUUCAAUGGUCUGGCAUGAAAUCAGCUCUGGAUCAUUCCAGUUCAAUGAGGAGAUGAUAGAAUCAUUGUUUGGUUAUAAUGCUGCAGCUAAGGGCAAAAGUGAUUGCAAAAAGAAUUCAUCUGCACCUUCAAUCCAGUAUAUACAGAUCAUUGAUGCUAGGAAAGCACAAAAUUUAUCAAUUCUUCUACGUGCAUUGAAUGUGACUGCAGAAGAAGUCCUUGAUGCCUUGCGAGAUGGUACUGAACUUCCAGCAGAGCUCCUCCAAACUUUGUUGAAGAUGACACUGACACCAGAAGAGGAAUUGAAGCUUAGGUUAUUCACGGGUGAUCUUUCUCAAUUGGGCCCUGCUGAGCGUUUCCUCAAAAUCUUGGUUGAAAUCCCAUUUGCUUUUAAACGAAUGGAGUCAUUGUUGUUCAUGAGUUCUCUUCAGGAAGAAGUAUCAACCCUCAAGGAGUCCUUUGCAGCUCUUGAGGUAGCUAGUGACAAGCUCAGAAACAGCAGGCUAUUUCUGAAACUAUUAGAAGCAGUUCUGAAAACUGGUAACCGCAUGAAUGAUGGUACAUAUCGGGGUGGUGCACUGGCCUUUAAGCUUGACACACUCUUGAAACUCUCUGAUGUCAAGGGAACUGAUGGCAAGACUACACUCUUGCACUUUGUUGUUCAGGAGAUUAUCCGUUCUGAAGGCAUACGUGCUGCCCGCACAGCAAGGCCAAGCCAGAGUGUUUGUAGUGUAAAGUCAGAGGAUUUGGAUGUGGAUUCUAAUCAGUCAUCAGAACACUAUCGUAACCUGGGCCUUAAAGUGGUUUCAGGCUUAAGCACCGAGUUAGAAGAUGUAAAAAAGGCAGCAGCAGUAGAUGCUGAUGCCCUGACAUCUACAGUGUCCAAACUUACACAAUCACUGAAUAAAACUAAAGCAUUUCUAGAUUCUGAGAUGAAGACUUUGGAAGAAGACAGUAAAUUCUAUGUUACAUUGACUACUUUUGUGGAUCAUGCAAAGUCAGAAAUCUCAUGGCUAUCGGAAGAGCAAAAGAGAAUAAUGGCUCUGGUGCAAAGCACAGCAGAUUAUUUUCAUGGGAAUGCAGGAAAGAAUGAAGGUUUGCAUUUGUUCACAAUUGUGCGUGAUUUCUUGGUAAUGUUAGAUAAGGCAUGUAAAGAUGUCAAAGAUGACAGAGCAACAAUGCCAAGAAGGACAUCUAAAAAGGAGACUCCAGCAUCGUCAGCUUCUCUUGAAAACCGUCAGCAAUCUGAAAAUAGUCGCCAGAGAUUAUUUCCCGCCAUUGCAGGAAGGCAGAUUGACUAUUCCAGUUCAGAUGAUGAGAGCCCAUCUCCUUAGCUUUUAUUCUGAAGGGUGGCAUGCAUGUCCUGGAGGCUUGAUGACUGAGUUGUACAUAUUGUGCAGAAAGAUUUGCAUACCUCAAUCACGUGGCAGCACAUGUGCAUGUCAUUCUCAAAAGUCUUCUAAAUGAUGCUCAAAAGUUGGAGGUUAUUUGAUUAUAGAAAGAGGAAUGACUCAGAGGUGAUGACUUUGUGUCAUUGAGUUUUUACUUGAAGACGUAAAGUUUUCUGUUGUACAGCUUAGAAUUCAUCUGAUAAACAUAUCACUGUAGUUUUGUUUACCUCUUUUUUUGUGCUGUACCAUUUGUGUUAAUUCAUAGUUUGAGCAUGAUUAUGUUUCCUACCA